CGCACGCGCCUGGAGACCCCGCGGCCCCGCCGGGCGCCCUCGCGCGGAGCCAACCGCGAGCUCUCGAGGGCGCUCGGCGGAAGUGGGCGGCCGACGGCCGGCUCGCGGCUGGCGCCGGCGGUCGCGGCCCCGCGGCCCUCGCAGGCGCUGUGGCUCCGGCGUCGAGAGGUCAUGAAACGAGUGCGCACGGAGCAGGUCCAGGUGGCAGUGUCCUGCUACCUCAAACGCCGCCAGUACGUGGACUCAGAAGGCCCCUUGAAGCAAGGCCUGAGACUAUCCCAGACCCCUGAGGAGAUGGCAGCCAACCUCACAGUCCAGUCAGAAUCUGGUUGUGCCAAUGCGGUGUCUGCAGCCCCUUGCCAGGCGGAACCCCAACAAUAUGAAGUACAGUUUGGACGACUGAGGAGCUUUCUCACUGACUCUGACUCCCAGUACAGCCGUGAGGUUCUGCCUCUCCUGUACCCCCUCUUUGUGUACCUCCACCUCAGCCUGGUCCAGAGCGGCCCCAAGAGCACAGUGGAAAGCUUCUACAGCCGCUUCCAUGGGAUGUUCCUGCAGAAUGCAAGUCAGAAGGACAUCAUUGAGCAGCUGCAGACCACGCAGACCAUCCAGGACAUCCUGUCCAACUUCCAGCUCCGCUCCUUCCUGGACAACAAGUAUGUGGUCCGUCUCCAGGAAGAGAGCUACAACUACCUGAUCCGCUACCUCCAGAGCGACAACAACACUGCCCUGUGCAGGGUGCUCGCCGUGCACAUUCACUUGGACGUGCAGCCUGCCAAGAGGACGGACUACCAGCUCUACGCCAGCGGUGGCUCCUCCCGCCCUGAGAACAGCAGCCUGGAGCCGCCAGAGGUGCCCAGCCCUCUUCUGCAGAAUGAGGCCGCCCUGGAAGUCCUACAGGAGAGCAUCAGGCGGGUCAAGGAUGGGCCCCCCUCCCUCACCACCAUCUGCUUCUAUGCCUUCCACAACACGGAGCAGCUGCUGAACACCGCCGAGAUCUCCUCUGACAGCAAGCUGCUGGCUGCUGGCUUUGACAACUCCUGCAUAAAGCUCUGGAGCUUGCGGUCCAAAAAGCUGAAAUCAGAGCCCCACCAUGUGGACACAUCCCGAAUCCGUCUAGCCUGUGACACUCUGGAAGAGGAGGAGAAUGAGGAGGACAGUGCAGGCACAGAGAUGAAGAUCCUGAGGGGACACUGUGGCCCCGUGUACAGCGCCCGCUUCCUCGCAGACAGCUCAGGGCUGCUCUCUUGCUCUGAAGACAUGUCCAUCAGGUACUGGGACCUGGGGAGCUUCACCAACACUGUGCUGUAUCAGGGACACGCCUACCCCGUGUGGGACGUGGACAUCAGCCCCUACAGCCUGUACUUUGCCAGUGGGUCUCAUGACCGGACGGCCAGGCUGUGGUCUUUCGAUCGGACGUAUCCCCUGAGGAUAUAUGCGGGGCACCUGGCAGAUGUGGACUGUGUUAAAUUCCACCCCAACUCAAACUAUUUGGCCACGGGUUCCACUGACAAAACUGUCCGGCUGUGGAGUGCCCAGCAGGGGAACUCAGUGCGGCUCUUCACAGGCCACCGGGGGCCCGUACUCUCCCUGUCCUUCUCUCCCAAUGGUAAAUACUUGGCGUCCGCUGGUGAGGACCAGCGAUUAAAGUUGUGGGACUUGGCCUCCGGGACGCUUUUUAAAGAACUGAGAGGCCACACGGACAGUAUCACCAGUCUGGCCUUUAGCCCAGACAGUGGUCUGGUUGCCUCGGCCUCUAUGGACAACUCUGUCCGUGUCUGGGACAUCAGGGGCACUUGCUGCAGCACGCCUGCUGACGGCUCUUCAGGGGAGCUCGUAGGCGUGUACACUGGGCAGGUGAGCAGCGUUCUGAGCGUGCAGUUCAUGGCCUGCAACCUCCUCCUGGUGACUGGGGUCACGCAAGAGAAUCAAGAACAUUAGGUUUUUAUCCAGGUGGCAGGCUGGUGGGGCUAGAAGACUGCUCACAGUCCAGGACUUGCUAAAGCGGAAUCAGUGCUUACAGAGAAGCCCUCCCUGCCCCACGCUCUCUGGUGCACAAGGUUCCAGUUGAGCCCUGGGAUGCCGUCAGGCUCGAGGCCUCCUGGCUUCAUGCCAGCACCUUGCUUUUGCAUCUGUCUCUUCCCAGUGGGUACCGAACAGUUGCAGAACUCUCCCUGUAGCAGCUGUAGGCAGUGUCUCCUGUGGCGACCCCUUGAAGGAGGUGGGAACAGGAACUAGGAAAGGAAGGGAUCUAGCAGUCUUUCCUUUUCCAUGAAGAUAGAACCAGGAUUUUUUAUUAUUAUAAUUAAUAAUUACUAUUAUUGAGAAGGGGAAGCCCUGCACUGGCAGCAGGCAACUCUGCCUUCACCUGCAGGGCUGACUUCUAGCACUGGCUGUGCUACUUGGAAUUUUGAGGUUCAGGGAAUGUAUCAGGAGAUUGGACACCGGGUAAUGUGCUUCUGCAGGCGGCAGGGAGCGUGGCUGAGCAUCGGCUCUUGCAGUGGUAGUGCAAGAAAGGUCUUUCAGCGGCUGCGCUAGUGUCAGUUCUUUUCUACCCUGGAAAGAAACAUGAUGGGUGGGCAGAGGGUGCUUUCAGCAGGUGCCCAAGGCUCUGUCCCUACACCCUCAGCAAAAUUAUGAUAAAGAGUAGUUUUGAAUGAGUCGUAAGAUAGACUUAAGAAAUGCUGGCUCUCCAGAUGACUGUUAAUGCUGAGAUGGGGCUUUAGUGUCUUCGUCUCCCUCAAUGAUCUGCUUCCUCCCCUCACUGCAUCAGUGCAGUGAGCACAGGAAUGAAUCAUGAGUGCAUACUCACAAGUAUCAAACCAUGCUCUAAGGACAAAGCAAGUUCUAAUGUGUGGAAAAGGAUUAAAUAUUUCUGUUUUCUGAAAAGAGUUAUUUUGUAUUUUGUUUUCUAUUAAAAUGUAUUUAGU